UGGGGCUGCGGCGGUGGUUCCGGGUGCUGGGAUCGCGGGGAACAGGCCGCGGCCGCCCGUAUAGGAGGAACAGCCGGGGGAACGAGGCGCAGGGUGAGUGCGGGGAGGAGAGGCCGCCGUCCUGGGGGUGAUAGGCCCGGACUCUGCCUUCUCCAGGGUCCCAGCCAAAAUGAGUUCCCUCCUGGAACGCCUCCAUGCCAAGUACAGCCAGAACAGACCAUGGCCUGAAACAAUUAAGCUGGUCAGGCAGAUUAUGGAGAAGAGGACUGGAAUGAUAUCCGGAGGUCACCAGCACUUAGUGAGUUGUCUAGAAACUCUACAGAAAGCUUUAAAAGUGUCUUCCUUGUCUGCCAUGACGGACCGCCUGGAGUCUAUAGCAAGACAAAAUGGUCUUACAUCUCACCUAAGUCCUAAUGGCACAGAGUGUUACAUCAGCUCAGACCUCUUCUAUCUAGAGGUUCAUCUGGAUCCAGAGGGGCAGCUGUCUGAUGUCAAGGUUGCUCAUCAGGGGGAAAGCCCAAUGAGCAGUCCAGAACUCGUACAGCAACUAAGAGAUAAGAAUUUUGAGGACUUCUCUCAGUAUUUGAAGAGCCUGGUAAACCUGUACAAGAUGCCAGGAGAUAAGAAAAUGUUUUUAGCACUUCAGUCUUUGGAAAUGGACCUCACAAAAAUGGCUGCAAUGUAUUGGCAGGUAACCAAUGCCAGCAUGCUGGACAAAAUAUUACAGGGAACAGUUGGGCACCUGACGCCAAGGAGUGGAGGCCACGUUAUGAAUUUAAAGUAUUAUAUCACUCCAUAUGACCUCUUUGAUGAUGCUACUGGUGCUACAGUAACACUCAAUGAAGGACAUGCACUUCCUCGAUCACUUGGUCUAAACGUAUCAGUCACCAUUGAAGCCACAUCAGCAACGUACAAGCUACCCAUUGCUCCACUUAUUAUGGGCUCACAUCCUAUUGACAAUAAGGGGACUCCCUCAUUCUCUUCCAUCACCAACACCAAUAGUGUGGACCUUCCUGCUUGUUUUUUCCUUAAGUUUCCACAACCCAUUCCUGUAUCCAGCGCUUUCAUUCAAAAAAUCCAGAACUGUACAGGUAUCCCUUUGUUUGAGAUACCACCCACCUUCUCUCCUCACUAUGACCUGGUCACCCAGUUUGAACUCGCCAAAGAUAAGGAGCUGUCACCUAUGAAUCACAACAUGCGAUUCUAUGCGUCUCUGCCAGGUCAGCAACAUUGCUAUUUUCUGAAUAAAGAUGCUCCUCUUCCUGACGGGAGGUGCCUGCAGGGGACCCUACUUAGUAAGAUUCCAUUUCAGCACCCUGGACGUGUCCCCACCAUCCUCAACCUCAUUCGACAUCAGAUGGCGUGUAACACCCUGAUUGGGAGCUGUGUGAAGCGCACGGUGGUAAAAGAGGAUUGCCCUAACCUCUUGCAAUUUGAGGUAUCUCCCCUUUCGGACUCCUGCAUAAGUAUCUCAUUUCAGCAUCCGGUCAAUGACUCUUUGGUCUGUGUUGUGAUGGACGUCCAGGAUUCAACUCAUGUAUCCUGCAAGCUAUACAAAGGCCUUUCUGAUGCUCUCAUAUGUACCGAUGACUUCAUCACCAAAGUUGUUCAGAGGUGCAUGUCCAUCCCUGUGACUAUGCGAGCCAUUCGUAGAAAAGCGGAGACCAUCCAGGCAGAUACACCUGCAUUGUCACUUAUUGCAGAGACUGUGGAAGAUAUGGUGAAGAAAAACCUUCCUCCAGCCAGUAGUCCAGGUUAUGGAAUGACCACUGGCUCUUCUGCUUUAAUCACCACCCCAACCAGCUCAUAUCCCCCAGGACCCAUAACUGCUCUAUUCAACAUAAAUAACAUGGGUAUGAAAGAGCGCCACGAUUCCACAGGGCAUGGUGAAGACUACAACAAAGUAACGCAGAAUCCCAUACUAACCAGUCUUCUUCAGAUCACAGGAAAUGUGGGUGGAAAUAUUGGCUCAAGUCCUACACCACCCCACCAUACCCCACCUCCUGUUACCUCUCCAGCUAGUAAUACUAAAAAUCAUCCCAUGCUAAUGAACUUACUAAAGGACAACCCAGCACAGGACUUCUCAACGUUGUAUGGCAGUAGUCCUCUUGAAAGACAGAACUCUUCUGGAUCACCUCGAACAGAGCUAGGUCCAUCAGGAACUGGAAAACCCAAGAAAAAGAGACCUAGGACAGAAAAGAUGAAAAACCAAACUGAAGAUGACUUUCAAAGGGAGCUCUUUUCUAUGGAUGUGGACUCACAAAAUCCAAUAUUUGAUGUGAGCAUGGCAGGUGAUGCCCUGGAUACACCUCAUAUUACACCAGCACCAAGCCAGUGUGGCACACCCCCUACAGUGUACCAACAGCCCAUGACUCAUACCCAGUCUGGUAUGCAAAGAAUGGUGAGGCUGCCCAGUACUGACACGAUUAUUCCAGAUGUUACAGAUAUUCUCUCAGACAUAGCAGAAGAAGCCUCAAAGCUUCCAGGGGCUGGGGAUGAUUGCCCCAAUCUUGGCACUCCUGUUAGAGACUCUUCCAGCUCUGGCCACUCUCAGAGCACCCUCUUUGACACAGAUGUCUUUCCAGUAGAUGGUACAGGUGGUGGAGACAAUCCUUAUCCAGAUGCUGCGGAUCUCAUUGCAGAAGCAAAUGGAAGCCCCAAUAGUGACUCUUCCCAUAAUUUCUUCAACAGUGUGGAUUUUAACCCAGAGCUACUGAACAGUCAAAGCGGUUUUACAGAUGACUUCAAUGAAGACAGCAGCCAGAGCGACGAUCAUGAUUUUUCUGGACAGGACUUUUCUGGGCAGGGGCUUUCACUGGGUGUAGUUUCAGGAAUUCCUGUUGAUGGGAGUGAAGGCAAGUACAAGGUAGGGCCAGCUGCUGAAACAAUAGAUUUUAGUAUCAUUGGAGGUGGCAAGGGUCUGGGUGGGGUAGACAUUCUUGAAUCACAUAGUAGAAGUCAGAGCCCAUUACUUGGAGAUAUAACAAAAGACAGGCCACAAAAACAGAGAGUGAAAGAGGGAAGCAAUGGGGGAGGGGGUGGAGGUGGGCUGAGUGGUAUUCAGGGUGCAGGCCUAGAUACUAAAUCUGGAAAGCGCAGCAGGACACCUUCUAGUGAUGGUAAAAGCAAAGAAAAGCCACCCAAACGCAAAAAAGAGUCAGAAGGAAAAUCGCCCUCACAUAUUGCCAAUCGGCCAUUUACCCCACCUACUAGUACUGGUGGUUCGAAAUCUCCAGGAACGUCAGGAAGGUCUCAGACUCCUCCUGGCAUGGCCACUCCCCCAAUACCCAAAAUUACAAUACAAAUUCCAAAAGGUACAAUGAGUGUUGGGAAGCCAAGCUCUCAUAGUCAGUAUUCAAGCAGUGGUUCAGGAAACUCCUCAAGUAUCAAAAGUCAUCACAGCCACUCCUCCUCCUCUUCCUCUUCUGCUUCAGGAAAAAUUAAGAACAGCAAGUCUGAUGGGUCCUCUGGAAUGAAGAUGAGCAGUGGAGGGAGUGGAAUGUACACUGGUCCAGCUGGAUCGGGGGGUAGCCAGUCCAAAAGUGGCUCUCAAUCAGUAGGCAAGCAAGGAUCUUCCCCCAGUACCAAGCAUGGGCUAGGAAGUGGAGGCAGUAGUUUGAGUAGUAGCAAAACUAAACCACAAGGAAAACCAUCGGUAUUAAUGAACCCCUCACUCUCCAAGCCAAAUAUUUCACCUUCACACUCUAGACCGUCUGGGGGCUCUGACAAGUUAUCUUCCCCAAUGAAACCAAUGCCAGGGACUCCACCUUCUUCUAAGGCCAAGUCACCUAUUGGUUCAGGGAGUUCUCAUUUGUCAGGAGGAGGUUCAAACUCCACUAUGAAAACAUCAUCUGGUCUAAUUUCUUCAGGAUCUCUUUCACAGAAGCCAAAUUCCUCAUCAUCUUCAUCUUCUUCCUCGUCUUCAUCUUCUUCCUCAUCGUCAUCCUCUUUUUCAGGUGGCUCCAACAUCUCCCAGAACAUUCAUGGUAGCUCAAAAGGGAAGUCACCAAGUAGAAAUAAAAAACCUUCACUGACAGCUGUUAUAGAUAAACUCAAACAUGGGGUGGGGACAGGAGGUCCUGGUUCAGAGGAUCCUAUGGAGGCUUCUGGAGGGGGAGGAAACCCUGGAGCCCCUAGUCAUGUAAUGUCCUCAAAACAUGGACUUGUGGGAGGUGAAUUCCCUGUUAAGCGUGAAAAGAGUGAGAAAGAUAAAUCGAAAGUUUCAGUCUCUGUUGGAUCCUCUGAUUCAUCUAAGAAAGGAGACUCGAAGGGCUCAGGAAGUACUGGAGUAGCCAAAAUUAUUAUUAGCAAACAUGAUGGAGGGUCACCGAGCAUCAAGGCAAAAGUAACCCUUCAGAAGCCCGGGGAGGGGAGUGGAGAUGGCUUGAGGUCACAAAUACCCAAGAGUUAUGGCUCACCCCUGAUCAGUGGGUCAACCCCAAAGCAUGAACGCUGCUCUCCAAGCCACAACAAGUCACCAGCAUAUACCCCACAGACCCUUGAUAGUGAAAGUGAAUCAGGUUCUUCCUCAGUUGCUGAAAAAUCAUAUCAAAAUAGUCCCAGCUCAGAUGAUGGCGGAGGCAGUCGAACACAGCCAGAGUAUAGUGCAGAAAAGCACAAAAAACACAAAAAGGAAAAGAAGAGGUUGAAGGACAAGGAUCGGGAUCGAGAAAAGAAGAAAUCCUACAGUAUGAAGCCUGAUAGUUGGUCCAAGUCACCAAUAUCUUCUGACCCUACAUUAUCCAUGGGUGGUGGCUCCCUUUUAUCUUCAGACAGAGCAGCCCGUCCAAGUCCUAGUUACUUGAUUGGUGAAGAGGAUGACCUAAUGGAUGUGGCUCUGCUAGGGAACUGAACUUUGUAACCUAAGACCUAGAUCGAGUGCGGUGGCUAUGUGUGCUGUUUCGGUUUUAGAUUUGGCGUGUUGCUGCUAGUAGGUCUAGACUUAUCUGGCAGUCAAUAGGAUCCUUUUAUUUUAUUUUAUUUGUAUCUGUCCCAUUUUAAAUAUAAGUUAUAAAGAGGAAAAAAGGCAUUAUAAGGAGUUUUACCACUUUUAAUAUAAGUGGACUUCUCACCUAUGCACAGUGGAGGCAGCUGAUCUAUGGGUUAAGCUUAUAUUUUUUAUUAAAAAGCUGUGUAUCAGUUCUCAUCCUCUCCCCUACCAAGUGUUAGUUGUAUUAUGGCUACGUCCACCAUGUGUAAGUGAAGUGUUCACAUUAUAAUACUUAAAACACGCAUCAGUAUUUAAAAAAAGAAAAAGUAAAUGCACCAGAUUUCGGUGUAGCUUUUAAAAAAAAAAUCCGUUAAUGGAAGUCCAAUGCUUGUGAGAAUGUGUUAAAUGAAUGUAUAUAUAUAUAUAUAUAUAUAU